AUGUCGCUUCCUCGGGACAUACAAGAGUUCCUGGACGAGUAUCACGGUCAAACCGAUGACAAGUCCCUCAACGCAAACCUCGAAUUUUACUCCAACACACGAAGAUGCAGACCGGACAACAUGCUCAUUGAUGAAAUGCAUGAAAAGUGGUUCGGAGAAUACGAUAAACUGGAGCACAAGCACGGUUUCAUACAGUGGCUUUUUCCAAUCCGCGAGUAUGGCGUCAACUACGAGGCGCAGCCUCUGCAACCUCACGAAAUCGAGGCUAUGAGAGCGGACCCGGCCAUAACUGCGCGUCUCAUCAAGUCGUAUAGCAUGAUGCUGGACUUCUACGGCAUGCGACUCAUAUCCGAAGAGACGGGGCUUUUGGAUCGCGUGCCACCUCCGCGCAAUUUUGAGGCGCGGUACCGAAACCUCGUCAGACAUUCCCACAACAACCUGCGCAUCUCCCGAAUUUUGAAGUGCUUAUCUGAGCUCGGCCUCGAGCGACUGAAUGCGGGCUUCUUGCUCCACGUGCUCAGUGAGCAGAGCGAAGACGACGAGCUCAACACACCCAUGCUCCAGAGCAGUAUGGAUAGAUGGUGGGCGAAUUGCAUUCGCAAUGCCGCCGAUCGUCAAUGGAUCGGAGAGCAGAUUCGUACAGUGAGGUCAGGAAAGGGCUCAUUCACGCGGGACAUGUACAAGGAUGCUUUGGAAAGGAGAAAGGCUACAGGAUCGUUCAGCUAG